AUGGACCUCCUCGCAGGCAACGCGCCGCGUCCAUCCACGCCUGUCCCGGGCGUGUGGCUCCUCGACUGUCCGUCCGAGCUGCACGUACGCGUCUUUGCACUGGCCCCUCCUCCUCCUCCCUUACCAGCUCCUUCUCCAGUAGCAACAACAGUACCACCACCCCUCCCUUCGCCCACAAACUCUACCACACUAGCCAUCCCAGUCCCUCCAGCAACCGCACCGCUCCCUUCUCCUCCCACGAGUGCGCCUCCACAACUCUCCCUCGCGCUCCCACUGCCCUCUCCAGCCCUCCCUUCGUCAUCAGCGGCGUCAGCACCUCCCAACCUCGCCCCAACAGCAUCCCUCAUCACGCUCCCCACCCCGACAACAGCACAAGAUGUCAGCCACCAAGAGGCCUCCACCAUUGACCGUCUCCGCAGCGACGCCCUCGAGCGCGCAUGGGUAGCCCUCAACUCGUGUUCAUCGGAUAUCAGGCGGCUGUUCUCAGGCCCGUGUGCAGUCGUUGCCCCGGCCGCUGGAGGGUCUGGCUCCAGUCUGUCAGAAUCGGGAUCUGGAUCCGGCGCCGGCGCGCCCAAGGCAAACGACGUCAAGCCUGAGACAGAUUCUGGUGUGGCGUCCAGUACGGCGGCGGACAAGGCCAAGGCCGACAAGGCCGACGAAGGCUCCUCGUCUGCUGCUGCGCAGACCGAUGGCGAGCGCCAGCUCUGGAUGUUCUCAUCUGAUGCCAACCUGCCCGUCCCGGAGGGCCUGGUCGAGGUCCGCCGCCCUGCACCCAUCUCGCUUGCGUCAAGCCUCACCUGCGCCGAACACGGACACGCGCUCGCAUGCCUCGCAAGUACUGGCUGCGACCAGUUGACAUUUGCGCCUCCCGCAAGUUGGCCGUUGCUCGAGGCUGCAGCAGGCGAGAAGCUCGCGUGGGCAAUGGGAGUGCGGAUUGCCUUGCUCCCUUCGUCACUCGUCCUGGGGCCUGCACCGUAUGAUGUGCGCCUCCGUCCAACAAGCGCAACGGCUAGCAAAGAGGACGGCGCACUCAUUCUCACUGCCAAGCCCCGCGCGCCCGCUCACUGCGCUCCACGGCCGCCAGCACCCCCGUCGGGCGCAGGCGCAGAGCCACUGGUUCUCCGCCCCCUGUCCCUCCCUGCUCUCCUUGUUGCGCCGCACACAACGGACAAUCCGCAAGAUGAACGUCUCAGUGCUGCGUUUGACGCUGCCCUCGGUCCCGGAUGGAAAGCUGGGAGGACGGAAGCGCGUGUCGCUGCGCAGGCCAACGACAUGCCACAGCCAGACUGGAGCGUCUACUUUGUGCCCCUCGGCUCUGGGUUUGACGAGCGCUCCCUCCCUGCAGCUGUCGCCGCCAAAUGGCGCGGUGCGCAGGGCGUCCUCACCGUAUGGCCAACACACCUCGCGCGGCCCCUCGCCCCUACGCCCCGUCGCCCAGCCGCCCUCCCACCCAGGUUUGGCGGUGGCCUCGGUGCCGCUCCCGACCUCAUGUCAGCCGCGACAGGCCUGUUUGACUUUUUCACGAGCUACACCGAGCCCGAACCUGAAGUCGAGGAGGAGGAAGAGGCCGAGGAGACAGAGGAGCCCAUCAUGAUCGAGGAAGAGGACGACAGCAGCAGCAAGCGCGAAGACGAAAGCGUCGGCGACCUGUUUUCGGCCCACUCGCAGAGUCCCGAGCCUGAAAUUGAAGAGGGCGACCUGUUUGGAAGUACGUUUACAACUCCCCGUGCUAGUGCGCUGGAACUGGAUGGCGUCCCCGAGCCAAAUGACGAUGCGGAUAUUGUUCCAGUCGCGGCUGACAGCAUGGACGUGGACGGCCUGUUUGGUGACGACGGUGACGAUGGUACGGCCGACGUCACAGUCGACACAGUCGUCCCCCCUGCAAUCAUCACCGAGGUGCCAUCACGGGCAAGCGAGCUGGAUGAUUCGCGCAACAACCUCGUCACAGAGGACGACUUCAACUUUUUCGACUCGCCGCCACCUGAUGAGAUUGAGGUCGCCACGCCAGAGACUCCCAAAGGCGAGCGUAUCUUUGAGCCAACCGGAGCAGAGCCCAAGUUUGAGGUCAUUUCGCGUGCGCCUUCGCGUCCAGUCUCAAGACCCUUGUCGAGAAUGCCCUCGCGGGCAGCUUCAAGAGCCGCUUCAAGGGCCCCUUCAAGAGCAACCAGUCCACGACUGUCGUCCCUGGCGCUGUCUCUCAGAUUGAAGGAGAGUGUGCAGGCACCCCCGAGGCCACCAUCACCACCCCCAGUCGAGGCUGUCGAGGUCAUCGAGCCGCCGGCCAAGAAGCCACGCUAUCUGGACAGUGUGCCGCCAGCAUUCGCUCCGCUCCCUCUGGGACGCCGUCGCCGACCGCGGUUCGCGUACGGCCUGCCCAGUCCUGCUUCUACCGUCUCGUCUCUUCGCGCGGACCUUGUGGACCGUAUCCGCGCAUCAUGCGAGGGCGGUGGUACCAGCAGCGAGAAGGACAAGACGCCAAAGUAUGACUACACUGCGUCAUGGGAUGUCGACAGCGACGAGAGUGAUUCAGAGGCCGACAGCCAGGUCACAACCAAUGGACCUCCUACGCCAACCUCAACAGCAGACUACGAGGACGGCACACCAGCACCAAUGACUGCCAUCUUUCCUCCCCCGCCGCCGCCCGCAGACGACGAGGUCGAGUUUGAGGGUACUAUAUGCGUCGGUGGCGAGUGGUCGUCGCUCAAGGACGCGCCGACCAUGGCCACCUCAAUCGGUCGACCAUGGGCCCAGUCAUGGGUUGAAGAGGUCAACGAGGUUGCCGACGCCUAUCCUUCACCAGCACCCGAGCCCAAGGUUGACCUCGACCUCGGUUCAGUUGACAUUGACGCCUUGGCGAACGCAGUCGUUCGUAACCGUUUCUUUCGCCACGUGUUUGACAAUGCCGCAACGGAACAGUCGCCAGUCCGCCCUCCAACGCAACUGCUCAAGACGGGCGCAAUGUUGUUGGAGUUAACCGAGACCAGCAGCGAAAAGCUGUACACCCUCCCAACGGCGACCGUCAAUGUUGGCUAUGGUGGCCACAUUAUGCGUCUCUCGGUCGCUGCAUUGCGAUACUGGCGCGAGCUCGGUCUUUCACCCGCCGGCGGACCCAAGGAUGUCGAGGCGUACGCAGUGUGUGAGCCAGGUGACGACUCUGAACGCCUUGCCUCGGACUUUUUGCGCGACAUUGGCGAAGUGUACACCGUUCACAACCUCGGCAAGCACGAGACGGCCAAGGACGCCAUCGUCACUGCCUCGCCAUCUGGUACAGCGGCGGCUGUUGGAAAGCUGCGCGCAAAAGCCACGAAACCCAUGGUCAUCUAUGUCAUCACCUACUCGACCUCUGUCACGCCCACAGCCCUUGCGCCGCUCCUCGCUGCAUCCUACACGUCUUCGUUUGUCCACGUUGUUCCCGCAGGAGCGAUCCGACUCCCCAACCUCAUGUCCAUUGCAUUUGAGAUCUACGACAUGAUCCCCCGUCCGCUCAAGCGCGUCAACUUGCAUGGCAAGCCGCUCGACCUCCCGGAGGCAUGGAUGCCCUUCCACGCGUUUACCAUUGCGGGUGAGGAGGAUCCCAAGCCGUCGCUGAGCAUGGCUUGGCCACAGCGCAACUAUGACGUGCUCAACCGCUGGCGGCUUGUCCAUGGAUCUUGGGCCUACAUCAAGCAUCUCGGCGUCCUUGUCCUGGCCAUGGCCGAUGCGCAGGGCGACUCGUGUGAAGUCAAGGCAAUCCGCAUGGAGGGCACCCCUGCAACCCGCGCCCAGAAGGUCUGGGACGUCUUUGCGGCCUUUGCCUCGGCUGCGGCAACCGAAUGGCGUUUGACAGUGUGCUCAUAUGGCCUCAUGGCAAAGGAGGACUUGGACGUCUGGAAGGCACUUGUCGCUACACGUCGCGAGCCCGUCACCCUUCUGAUGGUCGACCCGCCUGCAACUGCAGCCGAGCAGCCCACUCGACCUCGCCCUCCUGUCGCCAACAUUCCGCCGUCGACGUUUGCCGACCCGGGGGCAAGUAUCAUGGACGAAACUCUUGUCGGUGGCACUGCACCGUUUUCGCGCCGUCUGGCUGUGGACCUUCCGCCGCCACAGGCCGAGUCGAAUGAAACACCGUCCACCACAAUCUACCCCAACUCAUCCUUUGUCCUCUCCCUCGCCACUGUCACGGGCAUGAACUCGGUCUCGUCCGUGUACCACGUGCUCUUCCACCGCAAGGCCCCCAACAAGGCAGACGACCGCAAGCCAACCGAGCUCGUGCCAGACGAGUUCCACCGUCUUGCCUGCCUUGGGCGCAGACGUUGGGGUCUUGAUGGCGUCAUUCAUGUUGAGGCUGUGGGCGCUGUGUGUCGUGCUCUGGCGGCUGUGGCGCGUGGCGUUUAA